AUGUUUUUGAAGAGGUCAAGAGAAGAGAGGUUUAGAAGAGAUGGAGGGAGUUUUGUUCCAAAGACGGGGGGCAAGAGAUUGAAAGGAGUUGAAAUCGGCUAUUUUUCUGGAUUUUGGAAUGACAUAGGAAGGAGCAGCUGCAUAACGCUGAGAUACCUGGCGGACAUCCUGUCCCCUCUCACUAACUGCUCAGAACACACGGUUUCCAACUCCAGUGAAUUCGCUGAAUUCACAUCGGAGCAGACAGUUAACGAACAGGAAUCCAUGAUCUCUUUUGAUGUAGUCUCCCUCUUCACUAACGUACCGAUAGAGGGCGCAUGCAGUACGACCCUGCAACGCAUGCAAUCCGAUCCCACAUUAUCAGAACGUACCACACUUAUGCCCGAACAAAUAGCCGAACUCCUGGAGUUCGUCCUCAGGUCCACAUAUUUUCUGUACAGAGGCUCUUUCUAUGAGCAAACAGAAGGAGCAGCAAUGGGUAGCCCAGUCUCAGCGGUUGUGGCUAACCUAUAUAUGGAAGGUUUUGAACAGAACGCUUUGCCCAAGUGUCCUUCCACAUGCCACCCUCGGGUGUGGAAGAGAUACGUCGAUGACACUUUCAUAAUCGUAAAUAGAUCCGAAACAGACAGCCUACUCUCAUACAUGAAUAGCCAGCAACCGUCCAUCCAGUUCACUCUGGAGACUGAGCAAGGAGGGAAAUUAGCAUUCCUUGACACACUAGUCCAAAGACACGAGGGCGGGAAACUCUCCACCUCUGUCUACCGCAAGCCCACUCAUACAUACCAAUACAUACCAUAUGAUUCUCAUCACGACAAAUCGGUCAAGAAGGGUCUUGUUAAAUGCCUGUUCGACAGAGCAGCACGUAUCAUAACUCACCCACCUGAACUCCCGAAAGAAAGAGCACACAUACGUGGCGCCUUGUACAGCAACGGCUACCCACGCCGUUUUAUCAAGAACACUUUCAAGAAAAAACAACCACCAAGGGAUCAGAAGGUUUUCAAGACUUGCACAGUCUUGCCAUACAUAGAUGGCCUCUCACAACAACUUAAACGCCGAUUAGAAGGUCACGGUAUCCGAACGGUUUUCCGCUCGGACACCACCUUACACAAACAGCUUGUACACCCCAAAGACCCUAUUCCUGAUCACAGACGUGAUGGCGUAGUAUACAACAUUCCAUGCCAGGGAUGUGACGGGUCUUACAUCGGAGAAACAGCCCGACCGAUAGUUGAACGCAUUUCUGAACACAAGCGCGAUGUUCGGUUACAGCGAACCGACACAUCCGCGGUGGCAGAACAUGCUUGGGAGAAGCAACACCACCCAGAUUGGGAGGGUUUUGGGUUUCGCGAAAAGCACAACAUCACUCAUGCCCUGAUGAUUUUCGUCAACAAAGUAGUCAAUUGA